CUGAUUUCGGCAUGUAAAGGUGAGUCCAUGGCAACUCAAGUUCUAUAUUCCUUGGCCUGCUUUUGUGUCUGACCUUCUACCGACCGUUUUGCUAUUAUGCGAACUGCAUUUGGAGUAAGUUUUAUUUUCUUGGUGCGGUCUUUUACUCGUCAGGGUCGCUCACACCUAUGCAGGAAAACAGGAAAUAAAAUGUGGCCUUUAAAACGUGUUCAAAAUCGCGAUUGCUAUCGUGCACUUGUUCUUGAAAUACAAGGAAAAAUAUUUGCUUUGUGAGACAAUAUCAUGAUUAACAAAAAGUUUAUUCAGGACUUUAUGUAUUUACAUGAGAAUGCAAACUAAUUCAUAGUAUAGUUCUGUCUUUAAAUUAUGCAUGUACUUGUAGUGUGUAGAUACAAUGUAGAUGGAAAGCCAAUGUUGCGUCAAGGUGAUACAGGGGAUUGGAUCGGCACCUUUGAGGGUCAUAAAGGGGCUGUCUGGGGAGUGGCUCUGAAUUCAGAAGCUACUAGAGCUGCCACUGGGGCAGCUGACUUUUCUGGCAAGGUAUGGAAUGCUGUAUCUGGUGAAGAAAUGCACUCCUUCCAGCAUAACCAUAUUGUAAAAAGUGUGAACUUCUCAAAGGAUUCUACCAAAUUAGCGACAGGCAGCAAUGAGAAAUUGGUCAGGGUAUUUGAUUUAGAGAAACCUGAUGCAAGUCCACAACUGUUUAGUGGCCAUACAUCCAGCAUAAAACAGGCCCUUUUCUUCAGAAAUGACACCCACAUUGUGUCCAUUGCAGAUGAUAAGUCUUUGAGAGUAUGGAACAUUGCUGCUGAAAAGGAGAUACAAAAAGUAGAUUUUCCCUCGAUUCCAAACAGUUUGGAAGUGUCUAAAGAUGGUACAGUACUGACAGUGUCCCACUCAAACCGUGUCACUUUUCUGGAUGCAGACACACUUGAAAAGCUGAAAGAAGUAUCUGUACCAACAACAGUCAACUCUGCUUCUCUUCAUCCUGAUAAACAUAUAUUUGUGGCAGGAGGUGACGAUUUAAAGGUUUAUAAGUUUGACUACGCCAAUGGAAUAGAAAUGGAGUCCUUCAAAGGGCAUUUUGGCCCUGUGCAUUGCGUCAAAUUCUCACCAGACGGCGAACUGUACGCUUCGGGAUCAGAGGACGGCACUUUGAGGUUAUGGCAGACCACCAUAGGAAAAACAUACGGAUUGUGGAAAUGCAUCGACGGACAGGCCAACGAACCCGUUUCUCCGCCCAAGGAAGUCCAAGCAAUCUAAGUUGAAUCCGUCGGAGUACGUUUUUUAUUGGAUAAAAGUUGCAAAUACAUAUUUUAUUAAAAGCCUUUAUUUUUCAUUAUAUUUAUAAAAUAUAUAUAAAAUAAUACUCGUAAAACAAAAUAAAUAUGUUUCAUCAAGGAUAGUUUUCAAAGCUAGCAUUUUUUCUAAACCAGCAACUUCAUCUCAUUGUCAAAUGUAAACAUGUUUAUGCAACAGAUUAAAUAAACAGGAGUAAAAUGGC